AUGCGCCUCCACCUCGUAAUCUCCCGACACGGGCUCCCCAUCACGCGCAUCCUCUGGACAACAACGGCGAGCCCCGGUUCUGGGUCCGCUGGAAAUGGAAUCGGAAAUAGCUACGCGCACCAGCGCGGCGCAAUCGCGUCAACCCGAACUCCGCACCUAGCGCUCGCAGGCGCAGGCGCAGGGGGUAGCGGCGUCGGCGGAUACACGGUCGCGCAAUUGUUAGAAGAUGUAAAUGAUGUUGUCCCGCUGGAGACGGAGCCGAGUAUGUUUGACCUUGACCCGGAGUUUAGCGGGACGUGGGGGUUGGAGGAUUAUGUUGUUGAAGUUGAUGGGUCGGAGUGUCUUCAUUUUAUGGAGAUUGGGGCGUUACUUCGGGAUGGAGAUGAAGUUGUAAUUCGAUCUUUGGAACUCGCAGAUCUACGCGCUAGAAGAUUAUGCGGUCGUCAUCAAAUCACCCCCGAAGGAAGACACCUAAUUGAUGGUGUUCCCUUCGGCUCCCCGUUUUCUAAACGGAGUACCGCGACCAGACCGACCAUCACUAUCCCCCCGCGCAAGAAGCGACGCACUGUCUUCUCGGGCUGGGAGGGGGUCCUGGAAGGCGAUGGCGAAUGGCUGCCGCCGAAUGCGGGCUUCGGGAAAGAACUCUCCAUUUUGCCGGCUGAUCAGGAAGUCUCUGAGAUGGGGACUGUCAUUCGGCACCCGAUUGAUCAUGGCCAUGACCGUGACUCUGUGGAUGAGGAGGAUAGCGAUGCGGAUGCGGACGGGGACAUCUCUGAACCCGAAGAGGCAGAGCUGGAGAGUGAACUUAAAGCUUUGAAAGCAGAUUUCGAAGAACCUGCGUCUCAGUUCAUUGAUAUUCGAAAUCAUGGCCAACUCGCUAAUCCUGCUAUCCCCGGUACUGGUCCCGCACUACGCUCCAGUCUGGUGGAUAAGAGGCCUUCUUCGGCGGAUAGUUUGCGUCGAGGAUCGGUGGCGGGUGCUUCGUCUCUUUCUAGCAAACGCUCUCGUGUGGAUGAGUUUUCUCCACGCAGUUCCAAGGCUGUUAGGUUCAGUCAGGGCGGCGAAGGCGAAGCCCCUCUCAAUCCCUCGCAAGUCGAGAAGAGCGCAGCUGAAUCUUCCGAGUCUGAGGCUCAGUCCAGCGUCGCGUCCAGUUCUGACUCUGAUUCCGACUCCUCGGACGAGGAAAUGUCAGAUGCCUCAUCCGACUCCUCCGAUUCAAGCUCCGACUCCAGCUCCGAUUCAAGCUCCGAUGACUCUUCCGACUCCGAGGGCGAGGGCGAGGAAGAGAAAGUCUCCCUGAAAAAGGCCCACGUCAUGGCCCCUCCCGGCGAAGGGCCUCCUCCCGCCGAGGCUGACUUUGCGGCCUUGAACUCAUUCACAAAGGCAAACGGCGAUUGGCACUUCGAUGAGUCUAGCAUGAUCUCUGCACCGACGUCAAAAGAAGAGCCCGCGAAACCCAGGCUUUCAAAGGCCGAGAAAAAGCAGCAGGAGCAGGCCGAGUUCGAAGCCAGACGUCAAAAGCUGCUUCGUGACCUUUCAUCCGGCGGCGUCGCUGUAGACGAGACAUCCGAGAAGGAAAACGUCCCGCCUGUUACUACGAACGAAGCAAGUCCCGAAGACGAAAACGAAAAGCCCGAAGAACAAUCUUCUCGCCGAAGGACUCUCGACAUUGGCAGCUCCCGUCGACUUCUCUUUGGGUCCCUGGGUGUACGUACCCCCAAGAGCAAAGAGGACGAAGAAGCAACGCGCCAAAAGCUAGCUGCACAGGCAAGCGCCGUUAACUCUCGACGGAAAUCAUCGCAAAAGGCGCCUCCAAAGCCUGAGGAGACUGCGGUGGAUGAGGAUGACGAUGGCGACGAGGACGUUGAUUGGGAAUCCAAGCUCGAUAUCAGCGCGACCGAGUGUGUUUAUACCGACAUCAAGCUUACGGCGCCUCCAUUCCCGUUCAAAAAUCGCUGGGAUAAGGAGGCGGACCAGAUUCUCCGGUAUGCCUAUGAGGAGGGUUACAAUGACUACGAUGAGAGUAAUAUGGAACUCAACUACGAGGAGGAGCCUGCUCAUGACGCUGAUGCCGAGAAUGGGAACGAGAAUGAGCAUGAGCAUGAGCUUCAGAACCAGCAAACCACCACCGCCGCCGCUGUCGAUGACCUCCCUAUCUUCCCAACCGACCCCUCAACCAUCGCGGACCUUCUCGAAGACGAAACCAAACCCGGAUCAAUCAUCGCCUUCCGACAAUUAGACAUGUCCAAAGCAACAAACUGGCAACCCCGAAUGUCCGAGUACCGAGUCGCAGAAGUCCACGAAGUUCUCGACGGCGGCGUUCUCAAAGUACGACUGGCCCUGCGAGACCGUCGACCAACGGUAGACGCCGCUGGCGAAGACGAUGAACCGCGCUUAUAUGAUGGAUUCGAAAUGCCCGGGAUGGACGAAGAUGAGGACGAGGACGACGGAUACCGUGAACUCGCCUUUGCGGAACUCAGCGAACCCAAGCUUCUACGGCCCCCGCAGCUAGAGAACGAGGCCGAGGCCGAGGACGAGGACGAGGACCAACCGGUUGAAAUGGGGAAGCGCGUUGUUCGUGAAGGUAGCAUUGUCUCUGUAGUUCAAGACUCAAUGCCAGAUCCAUACGCCCAUCUAGCGGGAACGCUACCGUCCGCACCCCCGGUCGAUAUGGAGAUGAAUAUGGAUAUGGAGAUGGAUCUAGAUGAUCCGAAUCCGAGUACCACCACGUUCGUAACUAGCGCCGGCAUCGCACGCAAUUCACCCAACACCCCCGGUAGAACCUCCGACGUGCCAUCCGUUCAAACACCCGGUGGCGUGAGACUACCAAGGACCGAAGAUGCGGACGAAGAGAACAGUGAUUCUGUCCCCGUACCAUCCCCUUCGUUUUCGGGUUUCCACUCGCACACGCACUCCGCGCGAUCAUCGCCCGGCGCGGGAAUCAGAAUCCGCCUAAACGAAGCCGAUGAGGAAAGUCACUUAGAAGGCCACACCCUCAUCGACGAACAACAGUCGAUGCUGGGCCAUACCCUAAUUGGUGAACCGUCAAUGGUGGGCGAUAGCAACCAAGAUGGUUCGGCAUUAUCAUUCGCUUCGGCAUCUAUAAAUCAAUCCCAUAUUCCGCCUAGUCGCCAGAUUACGAGUAUCAAUGAUUCUCUCCUCGCUCCGUCAUACCAGUUCGGAAGUGGAAGUGCAGAAUCGAGUCAGAAUUCACUUCUCGCCAGCUUGCACACUCCUGAGAAUGAGUCUGGUAAUGACGACGAUAAUGAACAAGGCGCAAACUCGGGCGUUGCACUAGGCGAAGGCGACGUCGAAGUCCAAGUCCAAGUCGUCGUUGAUGCGCAACCUGCUACUGCCGCUGCAGAAACAAGACCAACACUAGGAGGCGACGGCCCUAACGACGACGAACUCCUCCCUGAUUUCAAUUUCGGCCUUACCCCUGACGAAGACCACCUUCUACACGGUGAAUCAAGUCUGCACCUCUCGCCCUCGCCCUCCAAUUCGCACUCGCACUCGCGCUCCCCCUCCCUCUCCUCGCGCCAACUCCCAACAAGCGCACAGCAAGAACCAGAGUCAAAUUCCAGUCCAGACUCGGACCCGGCUAUCGGAAACCACUCACACUCGCCUUCGCCUUUGCUGAAAUCUUUGACGCCGCCGGCUGUUUCGACGAGGUCUAGGAAGAGGUCUUCGCAGGCCCAGGCCCAGGAUUCUGCAUCUCAGUCACAGGAUCAUGAUCAAGAUCAACAAUCUGCUCCCCCACCAUCCCAAGUCUUCGACUACGUAGACCUAACACAAACCUCCUCCCCCGUCCUCCCACCACGCGACACCGAUACAUCAACACCCCGCCUCGCAGCAACGGCAACAGACAACGCCGAGGAAAACAGUACUAAUAAUACUGAUUCACCAUAUCGUCCGCGUCGCACUCGCGCUUCGUCAAAGGCACAACUUUUACAGCUGUCUUCGCAGUCUCCGAGUAAGAUUCCGAAGCGGAAGGAUAAGAAGAAUAUGAAGACCAAGGAGAAAUCGCGGGUUGAGAAGACCCAGAAGCAGAAGCAGAAACCUUCGCCGAAAAAACCUGAGUGGAGAAUUUGA